AUGGCUGAGAACGUCCAGCCAGCUGCGACACCGGGCUCCGGUGCUAAUGGCGAGCAGCCUGGCAUAGCCCACUACGAGAAACAGCGCCAAUACGUGAAGGAGCUGCUUCAGAACAGGAAGGUCCUUGAGCGCCAAUUGGCGAUGCAGGAGCAGUCGAUCCUCCAGAAGGAGACGGAAUACCUCGAGAGUACACCGUACGGCAACAUCAUCACCGGCUUCGACGGCUACAUCAAGGGCAGCUCGAGCAACACGUCGUCACGCAAGCGCGCCGGCCAGCUCGACCAGAACCGCGUCUUCUCCCGAUCGUCCAUCUCCUACAACGCGUUUCAUCCCGAGCACGCUGAGCCCCCAUCUGCGACCUCGACUCCGGGCGCGCCGACGCCCCUCUCGACCUCGUUUGCCGUCAAGGACAAGGACGGCGCAUCCAACCAGCCCACGCCCACGUCAGCGACGACCGACAAGAAGGCCCCCAAUAAGAAAAAGAAGAAGAAGGACGCCGACGUCGAGGACAGCGAGACGGACUCGCGCGAGGUCAAGAAGAUUAGAACGCACUUUGGCGCGUCGCGGAAGUGA